AUGCAGUGUUACGACAACUCUAUUGACCCCAACGACAUAACUUGUCCGUUCUCGAUCAACGUCAGUGGGAUAAAUGGAAACUGGAAAGUGACUAGAGUGAACUUUACUCACAACCAUGUCAAGCACGUGGGAUUUUCCGCGCGUCCCGUUGCCGAGGGAUCUGUCGCGCGUCCCGCCUCUGACAAGAGAAACAGAACACAAGAUGUGGCAGCUUUGACCCAGCUUGUCGAAGCUGAGAUGCUGCCUCGCUACGAGAAUAAAACUGAAAGGAUGACUGGGGCACCCACCCCUGGCGGUUAG